UUUCGUCCCAAAGAUACUUUCUCCUAUCAGUGGUUUAUGAUCGACUCAGUAUUCAAUGCUAUUUGUGCAAAUGCAUAACUGCCCAGUGCCCACCAAACCAAUAAACGUGACGAAAAAUGCAUUCAAAUCCCCAGAAAACGACGCAAAACUACCAUCACUCUCCUGCAGUUUACCAAGUUUAUUGACUUGAAAUUUUCUUAUCACUAUCAUUUUAUCCUCUUCUAAAUCUUCAAACAAUUCUCCUCUUAAAAGAAGAAGAAAAAAGCUUCAAUCUUUGAUCUUUGAGCAACUUAAAGAAGGGAUGGGGAAGAAGAAAGUGAUGAUAUCUGCUGAUGAAGUUGACUUGACAGCAGUCAAGUACGAGUAUGAUCAAAUUGAAGCUCCACAUAUCACGGGACUGGCAUUGGGUUUCUUUACCAAUCUCCUUGAAGCUCCGGUCGUAGGUCCUCUUAUUGUUUCUUACUUGAGAAAGAAGAAUAAUACAGUUGAGUUACUGAAGAAUACUGUCAUUCCAGAGACUCCAAUGUUUAAACCCGAGUUCCCUCCCCAAGAACCGGAGAAAGAUGUUACUUAUGUUGAAGAAGCUGGCUGUCCAGAGGAUCGUGUUGCAGAAGCUUUAAAGUGCCUCCCGGAUUAUGAUCCUGCAAGCUGUUGGGAUGAUGAUUUAGCACUAUCUUUUCGUUAUUGGAAGAUUCGUGAUUUUGCUUAUGCUUAUCGUGCCAGGCUUGCUACCCCAUCCAUGAUUGCUGAGAAAUUGAUCUCAGCCUUGGAGGAGUUUAAUAAUGCAAAUCCCACUACCCCAUUACUUAUUUCCUUUGAUGCUGAGGAUGUAAGAAAGCAGGCAGCUGCAUCUACUCAAAGAUUUGAAGAAGGGAAAUCUAUAUCAAUUUUGGAUGGAAUUUUUAUGGCAAUCAAGGAUGAUAUAGAUUGUUACCCACAUCCGUCUAAGGGUGCUACAACAUGGUUUCAUGAAGUUCGACCUGUUAAGAAGGAUGCAGUUUCUGUUUCUAGGUUGCGCAGUUGCGGUGUUAUUUUAAUCGGGAAGGCAAAUAUGCAUGAAUUUGGUCUUGGGACAACUGGAAACAAUGCUAACUAUGGAACAACAAGAAAUCCACAUGCACAUGAUAGAUACACUGGCGGAUCUUCAUCUGGCCCGGCAGCACUUGUAGCUUCUGGACUUUGUUCAGCUUCCCUAGGGACAGAUGGUGGAGGUUCAGUUCGCAUUCCUUCAUCCCUUUGCGGGGUGGUUGGCCUGAAAACUACUUAUGGAAGAACUGAUAUGAGAGGGGCAUUGUGUGAUGCAGGGACUGUGGAAAUUAUUGGCCCAAUAGCUUCAUCAGUUGAGGAUGUAUUGCUUGUGUAUGCUGCGAUUCUGGGUUCCUCUCCUGCUGAUAGGAUUAGCCUCAGACCUUCACCACCUUGCUUGCCGAAUCUGACAUCUGAAACCCAAAUUAGUGGUCAAGGGUCAUUACGACUUGGGAAGUAUACAGAGUGGUUUAAUGACGUGUAUUCCAGUGAAAUCUCUCAGAAGUGUGAGGAUGUAUUGAACUUGCUUUCAGAAACCCAUAAUUUCCAAACAGUGGAAAUUGCUAUUCCUGAGAUGCAUGAGAUGCGCACGGCACAUGUAGUUUCAAUUGGAUCUGAGUGCUUGUCUGCACUAAAUCCAUAUUGCGAAGAGGGGAAAGGUUCAAAGUUGACAUAUGAUACCCGCACAAAUUUGGCGCUUUUCCGUUCGUUCUCAGCUACAGAUUACGUUGCAUCCCAAAAGAUUCGGCGAAGAAUGAUGUACUACCACAUGGAGAUCUUCAAGAAGGUGGACAUCAUAGUAACACCAACCACUGGCAUGACAGCACCAGUUAUACCCUCCAGCGCUCUAAAAUUUGGAGAGACAAAUUUGCAGGUUUCAGGUUACCUGAUGCGCUUUAUUGUGGCUGCAAAUCUUCUCGGCCUCCCUGCCAUUACCAUCCCGAUUGGUUAUGAUAAACAGGGACUUCCAAUCGGCUUACAACUUAUAGGUCGACCAUGGAGUGAAGCAACACUUCUGCGUUUGGCGUCUGUCAUCGAGGCAUCAUGUGGCAUACCCAAGAAAAGACCGGCAUUGUACUAUGAUAUCUUGAAGGGUAUCUGAUAACUAGCAUUUCCCAAAUUCCAAUUUCUAGAGGUUACAAUUUAUACAUGAUCUUGGGAUGUUAGACUUCGUAUUCAUGAUCUAAUUUAAUCCAAUGAUUGCUCAUUUUAAGUAAAUUAUGAUGUAAUUAAGAGAAUAAGAGACACAUCUAUUGAAUAAUACACUGUUCUUUUAGUCGCGAACUUUGCAACAUCUGCUUCUCGGAGGACGAACGUAACAAACUUUGAUUGUAUUGUAUUACUACUAUCUGGGUAAAGAUAUUUAUCAAUUGGCGUCUCGAGAUUCACGUUAA